GCACGUCGCGCUUUUUAUAAAUUAUUUCUUAAUUAUGUCUUCUCGAAAACGUUUCAAUAGUGAUUCUGUCGAAUUGAAAAAAUUACUUAAAAAAGUGAAAAAUUUAGAAAAGAAAGUCAAUGAUCGUAAACGUCGUCGGAUAAUUGAAGAAAGUUCUUCAUCAUGUUCAUCGUCAUCAGAAUUGGCGGUUUCUUCACCAGCUCGGAGCCGUGCGCAGUCACCGGAAAACCUAGAAGGUACCUAGGAUUAAACUUUAUUGUGCUUAAAAUAGCUUCCCCUGUGUUUGCGGUAUAACAAAUAAAUCAGAGUUAUACCUACACACCAACAGUAAUUGCUUGACCUGCUGUUAGAAGCUAUGCAUUACUGGGUUUGCGAUAUAACAACUUAUCUGAGUUAUAUCUACCCACAAGACAGUAAUGUUUCUUAAUUCCACGCUGCUAUUCAAGGACCUGCGUCGGGAAUCCUUCAUCUGUAGGAUAUCACAUUACUGGGUUUUUCGGUAUAACAAAUAACAGAGUUAUAUCUACCCACUAUAUAGUAAUGCCUUCUAUUGCACAUGCGGUUUUUUUACCGUUCAUUUCGGGUUUACAACAUUGUUGUUACCCAAGUACCCACUUGCAAUAAUGCAACGUGUAAUUAACGGCAGUAGCAUUUAACGGCAUAAAAUUAAUUUUUCAGGCGGAAUCCAGCAAGUUCCCGUUGAUGUCCAUGACAUCCCACGGCUUCACAGCCGUUCACCCAGCCCAUGUAGGGGUAAUCUCGUCGCCGAAAAAGAGAUGUUACCGUUGACCUGUCCUCCUACUGCUAAUACGGAGAUUCUCGAUGAGAAUCUUAUAGAACUAGAUAGUUCUAUUUUGGAAAUUCUUGGAGAAGAUCCCACGGCAGCUACCACAUAUGGUAAAGAUAUUCAAAAAGACCUGGCCGUUCGACUUGAGCAUAUCGCAACACAAGGGUUAUCAAGGGAAACCCGCAAGGAGUUGCUCGAAAAAUUCCUCAUACCGAGUAAUUGUACUCUUAUUGAUGCACCAGCCAUUAAUCCUGAAAUAAAGGGCGCUAUACCUAUAGUAGUUGCAAAAAGAACUAAAGCUAUGGAAUACAAACAAAAACAAUUAGCUGGUGCUAUUGCGGGUCUCAGUAUAAUCAUAACUCAAUUAAUUAACAAGAAAGAUUCUAACUCGGAAAUACUAAAAAAAUUAAUGGAUGUUUGUCGGUUACUGUGUGACUGUCAACACAAUGAUUCUGUUACAAGGAAGGGAUUUAUUCUGAGCACUCUUAAGAAAGAUAUGAAAGAACAAAUAGAAAAUACUAAAAUAGAUAAGUUUUUAUUCGGUAAUGACUUGGCCGAAACUUUAAAAGCCGCUAAGGCUAUAAAUAAAUCUAGUGCUGAACUUAAGCCAGUUCCUGUAAAGCAACCUACAAGAAAAGCAGCUAAUUUCUCUUCAAAAAACGUGAAAGCACCCCCGAAUCGUCGGGGGACUACAUCAACAUCACAAAGACCCCAGGAGACUGCGCCGGAGCGGCGGACGAAGCUUCAGCGCGCCAGCUCGUCGAGGACAUCGCAGCGAGCGUCGAGACACAACCACCGCUAA